AGAACAUGAUUGUACUACCGUCGAUUGCCUAUCACACCUUUCUGGUAACGUUACAAUCCCACGGAUAUAUUCUGUAAAGCAUCAUGUCUGACAUAGCACACGACAAAGGUCUUCCAGCUACCUUCCUGAAGGAUUUUCAUAAUGAGGAAUCCGUCCGCCAAAUGACAUAUAACCGAUUAGGCAGAACUGAUAUGGUGGUGUCUGCACUUAGUUACGGCGCAUCUGCACUUGGGAGUGUUUUUAGAAAUACCGAUGACACAGAGGGCUUGAAGGUUGUGGAAUAUGUCAUCAAAAACGGUGUAAACUAUAUUGAUGUUGCACCUUGGUAUGGACAUGGCAAAGCUGAACAAGUCCUGGGUCGGGCACUUCAAACCAUACCAAGAUCAUCCUAUUUCAUUUCUACAAAAGUUGGCCGAUACCUGCCUGAAAUAGAUAAAAUGUUUGACUUCGGGGCAGAGCGCACUAUUAGAAGUGUGGAUGAAAGCUUAGCAAGACUUGGAUUGGAAAAAGUCGACCUUGUUCAGGUACACGAUAUAGAAUUUGCUGAUAAUAUAGACAUUAUCAUCAACGAGACCUUACCAGCGCUACAGAAAGUUAAGGAUAGCGGGAAGGCUAGGUACAUAGGAAUCACAGGAUACCCACUCAACAUACUCAAGGAGGUGCUGGAAAGAAGUUCGAUACAGGUGGAUACAGUGUUAUCAUACUGCAGAGCGUGUAUGCAUGACAACUCAUUAUUAGAUUUUCUCCCCUUUUUCCAGAAGAACGGUACUGGUGUGAUAAAUGCCUCCCCGGUAAGUAUGGGCCUACUCACUGAAAGGGGUGCGCCAGACUGGCAUCCUGCCUCCGAUGAUGUCAAACGUAGUUGUGCUGAAGCUGCUGUCUACUGCAGACAAAUGGGAACGGAUUUGUCGAGAGUGGCACUUUCUUAUUCACUCGACCUGCCGCUGCCUACGACGUUGUUCAGCUCAGCAAGUUUAAUAAACGCAAAGAAAAAUCUAGAUGCUAUAUUCAUGCCAUUGACAGAUACGGAGCGUAAAACUAAAGAGGAAAUUAUGAAAAGGACCCCAUUGGAAAUAAGCCACUUUGUGGCUUGUAUGGGUAUUCCUAGAUACAUGAGACCACUGAAGAAUGAGAACUGGGAAGGAGUAGAGGAGGACGAGUACUGGGCUGUGAUGAGGGGAGACAAGACAACAGCGACCAAACUGGGAUAGACAGGGACCUAUCAACAAAGGUUUUACAUUGGCCGCGUUGUUGCUUAGAGUGGAAUUGUUUCCUAUAGCUCUAGAGCACACUACCCAGUGUCGGGAACUGAGAAAAGAUGAAGGCUGCAGUCCUGUGUCUGAAAAGUUUGGUCAUCAACCGACGUACAACAUAGCACAAUGUGUCUAACGUUAACCUUGAUUUAAGACACAAUGUAUCUAACCUUGAUUUAAGACACAAUGUAUCUAACCUUGAUUUAAGACACAAUGUAUCUAACCUUGAUUUAAGACACAAUGUAUCUAACCUUGAUUUAAGAAAGCAUCGUUUCAGAUAUUAACAUAUGUUCCCGGACACUUCAGAUGUGAAGUUAAAAGUUAUUUUCAAACGUCUAGUAUCGCUGUUGAGUAUUUAAUGAACUACAUGGCCAUACGGUGUCGGUAAUAUUUACUUUGUUCAGAUAUUUGUUUUUUACUUCGUAUUGAUAGUGAUUAUUGAUCAUAGUGACGAAUUUACUUUCCUGGAAAUGGCAGAAGACAUUGUUUUCACAAAAUCCUUAUCGCAAGAUUUAUUUUUGUGGAGGUUCAUUGUUCUUUUUAGUUGGGUUUCCUUUUGUCUAUUAAUUUCAUCCUUUCGUUGACACAAAGUUUCUGACCACCCCUUAUUUGAUUAAAAAGGAUAACAUUAUCAAGAAUGAAACAUUUAUUUUCAAACCGGGUUAAGGUGUAAUUGGAGAUACAUGUACUUGUACGUUAGAUAUUUCCCCUUUACUCUUCACUAUCAGUGCAAGGUAUCCUUACCAUACCUCAAAAUCUGUAUUGAUUAUGUAAAUGAUCAUAGUAUUCAAUGUGUAUAUAUCUAUGAACUGUCAAGCGCUUUAGAGUGGCUUAUGUUAGCUA